AUGGCGGACCGUCGGAGGCAGCGCGCCUCGCAGGACAGCAGCGAGGACGAGGAGUCCGACUCGCCGCCCGGUAGCGCGGCCCCUUCCCCGCGGGGCGCCCAGCGCUCUGGCCUGGCCGUGGCGGGAGGGGGCGGCGGCGGGGGCGGCGGCGCUGCUGUUGACGCCGUGAGCGCGGAGGCGCCGGUGACGGUGGGAGGCAGCCCGGCCGACUCGGAGUGUGAAAGUGAAGACGGCAUAGAAGGAGAUGCUGUUCUUUCUGACUAUGAAAGUGCUGACGACUCAGAGGCUGAGGAGGGGGAAUACAGUGAGGAGGAAACAUCCAAAGUGGACCUGAAGCGGGAAAGUAAUGAAACUAAUGAGCUGACAAGAAAAUCAGACAAAGGGGAUGAAAAACCAGAAUCGAAAGGCACUGUGGCAGGCGAAAGGCAGAGUGGGGAUGGCCAGGAAAGUACUGAAGCAAUUGAGAACAAGAUUGGCAAAAAGCUUCCUAAGCACCUGGACGAUGACGAGGACCGGAAGAACCCUGCAUACAUACCUCGCAAAGGUCUUUUCUUUGAGCAUGACCUUCGUGGGCAAACUCAGGAAGAGGAAGUCCGGCCUAAGGGCCGCCAGCGCAAGCUGUGGAAAGAUGAGGGACGGUGGGAGCAUGACAAGUUCCGGGAAGACGAGCAGGCACCGAAAACAAGGCAGGAGCUGAUUGCUCUUUAUGGGUAUGAUAUCCGCUCGACACACAACCCUGAUGACAUCAAGCCCAGGAGAGUGCGCAAACCAAGAUUUGGGAGUCCACCACAGAGAGAGCCAGAUUGGGCCAAUGAAAGGCCUAGUAAGCCACCACGGCACCAGAGCCUAGAUAGUACUCCCGUGCCACCCAGGACAUUCAUCAACAGGAACUCCGCAGGGACCGGACGGAUGCCCCCACCGAGGACUUUCCCAAGACCCGGUGGCUACAAAGAGACCCGUCCAUGCUACCGUGCUGUGGAUGUGAACAGCCAGCACGCGCCUCGCUUCAGUGAGCAGUCAAAGCAUGAGAGCAAUUACCGUUCCAGGCGUUCGGAGCCCCUCCCACCACGAGAGCCUUCUCCUGAAGUAGAGAUUCCGCACAUUCGCAACAGUCCUGUUAAAAAGGAAGAGGUGGUUUCAGAAAGCCCAGCAGCUCCUGCAGAUGUUCUGCAGCCACCACCCGAUAGGCCAGUGGAGAAGAAGUCCUAUUCCCGGGCAAGGAGGACUCGGACCAAAGCAGGCGAGACGGGGAAGUUGGCCGAGGAAGUCCCGCUUCCGUUGGGGUUGACUCCUGCACCACUGAAAACUACUGAGGUUAUACCAUCCCCCUCGCCAGCAAAGACUGGUAACUGGGAGGUGCCUGUUGAAGCCAGCCUAGAUGGGCUCGAGCAAGACAUGACCCAGUUAAAUAUAACAGAACAGAAUUGGAGCCCAGGGCAGCCCCAGUUCAUACAACCUCAGGGUAUUCCUAACCAGAUGCACAUUGGAGCAGCCCCACCCCCUCAGUUCAACAGGAUGGAGGAGAUGGGUGUUCAGGCAGGCCGUGCAAAGCGUUACUCAUCACAGCGUCAGAGGCCUGUCCCAGAGCCUGCUCCACCUGUUCACAUAAGCAUAAUGGAAGGGCACUACUAUGACACACUACAGUUCCAGGGACCGAUCUACACUCACAGCGAGAAUCCUGCCCCGCUGCCUCCCCAAGGGGUGAUCGUUCAGCCAGAAAUGCAUCUCUCCCAUCCAGGGUUACAUCCACACCAGACACCAGCACCUUUGACCAACCCUGGUUUAUAUCCUCCUCCUGUAUCCAUGUCGCCAGGACAGCAGCCGCCACCUCCCCCACCGCAACAACUGCUAGCACCGACCUACUUCUCCCCUCCUCCUGGAGUGAUGAAUUUUGGCAAUCCCAGUUACCCCUACCCUCCAGGACCACUUCCGCCGCCACCACCUCCCCAUCUGUAUUCCAAUGCUCAAGCCCAGUCUCAGGUGUAUGGAGGGGUCACCUAUUAUAACACAGUCCAGCAGCAAGUGCAGCCCAAACCUUCACCACCCCGAAGAACUUCGCAGCCUGUCACUAUCAAGCCACCACCUCCUGAGAUUCUCGUUGCAGGUUGUAAACAGGGCUCCAGUUAACAUUUCUAAACGCUAUUGAAGGACAGCAGAAAUGAGAAAUCCAAAGAAAGGAGCAACACUUAAGGACUCUGCACUUUGCUGGUUUCAGUAGAGUACCAGAGCUGGCACCUGUGGCAGGCAGAAGAUGGCUCCUUUGUGUGAGCUUCUCCUCUCCUUUCCAUUGGUAAUAGGUGAUGUACAUGGAUGCAGGCCCUUCUGCUGUGCCAUACCAUGCCAGUAUCUUGAUCAGGGGCCAGAUUGCCCACCAGGAGGGCAUCAGCGAAACCACAUAUCUUUACAGUCUCUCUCUCUCAUCUUGGGACAAAGAGACUGUACAAACAUUGUUGGAUGUAAGAUUUCUCUGCUCACUGAGAGCAAAACCGUUCUCCACAUUCUUUUCCCUUCUUCGUUUGAAUGUUUUUAGGUGUCAAAACUAAAACUACCCAACUCUUUCUUAACGUUAAUUUGAAGAACCUGACUUACAUUGUUUCUAUUGUUUAAUUGGUCUUGUUAACGUUAUUUGAGUUGUGUGGCUUAUCUUCUCCUUGGCUGACUUUUUCCAAUAAUAUGAUUUUAAAAAUAAGUCGUAAUAGUUGUGCAAACUCUUGUUAUUUUCUUGGAUUAAAAUUAUAGAGGAACCUGGAAAAGAGUCACCUUGUCUGAAAGCAGUAGUUGUCUUUUCUGUUGCCACUUUUAUUUUUUUUAGGAGAAAGACUUUAAUUUAGAAUGAGCCCCAGUGAGCAUUUGUCUGCCGAUCAUUUAAUCGUGAGCUGUUCUGACCCCCACAGUGCCAGGGGAAAAAAUGCGAGGGUGGGUGAGGGUAACCAGGCCUAUAUGUGUGGUUGGUAGCCUGUAAACUACCAUUAUUUGACCAGACCUCAUUUGUCCUUCAGAAGGUGCAAGAGGCCUUUGUCCACCUCCUGAAACAACACUGAACCUUCUUUGGAGCUCUUGAAAUGACGGCCUGCAGGCUUUCACCCUGUUUGCCUGCACUUUGCAGCUUAGAUUUUGUCUGCCAGGCUGCAUGGCUUUCACCCAACGCCCUGCACUUCCUACAUAUUUCUAAUUCACUUGCAAAACUGCACUAGGAGGACAAAGCUUAAGUGGUCAGCCUGUAGCCAGUACUAGCUGGACCCUGGCACAAUGAGCCAUCCCUAGCUGGUCUGCUUUUUCAUGCAUGUGUAGCUUCCUACUUGAAAUAUCAGGGUCUGUGUUUCCUUUUAAUUUGAUAACCCUUCUAAUUUAAUUUUCAACAAGUACAGCUGGCAUUUGAAGGAAAAUCCCUGUAUGUUCUAAGUGUAUUUGCUUUUCCUCUGCCUUAAGGUUUGAAAUGUAUCCGUUUAACAUAUCAGUUUUGAAAUAUUAGACCUAAUGACACUGUGAUAGCUAUUUUUUGUUAAUAAAUUUGUUUUGUUCCUGUU